UUAGAAUUCACGUCAUCCAUCAACAGGUGACGGUCGUACGCGUUUCGCGUCCCUUUACAAGGACUGCUUUUUCUGUUCCCUGCUUUUUAAGCGUUGUUAUGAUGGGACGCCCGAGUUUGAAUUUUUGUUGUCCUUUGUACUUUCUUGUCUUAUUCAUCCCCAAAAUCGAGAUGUUUGGAGGUCCACCAAAAUAUAGCAAGCUCGUGUCCACGGAGCAGAAAGCCCUUCCCAUGUCAGGAGGGUUCGGGCCGUGGACAGGAGAUAGCGAAUUCAACAAACCCCCUCCGGUUAUGCGUCCCUAUCACGUUUUCCCCAUGUUUGACCAUGUCCCGGUUCCUCUCGUGGACAUGGAGCUGUUCAGACCUGUACCGGGGAGAAGACACAUGCCAAGUAUUUUAAGUAGCCUUCUUAUUCCUCAGGUAAAUCCUCAGCGCAUCCAAGUGUCACCCGUGCGCAAUACUCGUGGCGUGGAGGUCUGGUGUGGGUACAGUAAGGUUUCGGUACGGGUGAAUAGGAAGCUGUUGGGUUUCAGAAGUUCACCUGCAUCUUUUUACCUGGGCACUUGUUCUUCCUCGCGCUCCGACAACAGCUUCAUCUAUUUCCAUUAUGACCUUAAUCAGUGCGGCAGCUCUUUAACGAUGAUGAAUGGCCAGAUCAUGUACUCGAACACCAUACAAUACAUUCCAGAGCCUCAAGGGACCGUAAUCAGAGCUGUGCCACUUACAUUAAAUGUCCAGUGUCUAUACAACAGAUUUCAUUAUUCCUACAAAAUGGGCUACCUGCCUGUGAUAAGGGAACACAUGUUUCGCAAGAGUUUUGAAAGCAGUGUCAAGUUUACCAUAUCUGUGUGUAAUGAACGCUGGGAAAUACUUGGGGAAAAUGAGAGUUUUAUGCUUGGGGAGCCCAUGUAUUUUGAAGUCUCUGCCGCUCGUAUAUUUGAGGAAGAAAGGGUUUUUAUUGACUCCUGUUAUGCUACAGCUUCCAAAGACCCAAACUCUACACCAAAACACAGCGUUAUUCACAAUUACGGGUGUAUGGAGGACAGCAGAAGGGAUGCAAGUCUAUCGCGCUUUAUCCAACGAGAGUCAAACUUUAUAAGGUUUUCAGUUGAUGCCUUUUUACUCCCUCAAGUGACUGGCACGCACUUUCACCUGCAUUGCUUAGUGUCGGUUCACAAUACCACUGCAAGUGUUUCAGCAAAGUCUUGUACCUAUAACAAUAUUACAGAAAUAUGGGAGGAACUGUAUGCUGAUGCAUCUGUUUGUGCUUGUUGUGAAGCCACAUGUGAAGUUAAAACUAAAUCCUCUUUCCCCCAUGUGACACAUACUCUGAUAACAAGCAAAUCCUGGAUUUUGAACAAGACUGAAGAAUCACAUACCCAAAGGGAGAUGAGGGAAUGGGACAGUAGACGGGAUGGCACAAAGGACGUGAAGUUUAAGGGCGCACAAGGAAUUAAUGAAGAAGAUGAUUACACAGAGGAGAUUGUGACUGAUCCUAAAGAACAAAUGGAAACAAGAGAGAAAGACAAAGAAAUGCUUGUGAAUGAUGAGGAGAUUAAAGCAAUUGCUGGGACAGAGGCAGCUUUCACACUUUCAGAGUUUCAGAAAAAAGUUGCCGGUCGUCCUGGAAAAGUGGUGUUUUUAGGGCAGCGUACGGAAAAACGCACGGAUACGGAUGCAGGGAGUGUCAGGAGCACAAUUACAACUGACACUGUGGAAAAGCCUAGUGUUCAGUUCUCAGAUCAACCUUUGGAAGAUGCAAAUAAUGACACAAAAUCAAGCGAAAGUGUGCCAAAAGAAGAAACGAUUUCCAAAGAUGAAAUGCAGUCUGACGAUUUAGAGGAGAACACGCGUAUACAAAGUACAAUACAGUCCCAAAUGGUGAUUGAUGAAGAUGUGUUUUUAAAUUCCAAACAAGAACCAAAGGAGUGGAAUGAAGAUGCAGAUUAACCCAAACUAGAGAAAGAGUGGCUUGAGGGCUCACUGUAUCACUAUUGAAAAUGUUUUCAAGGACCCGUGACGGACCCUUCUUUGCAGUUGUGUCUGUGGGACAAGAAAUCUUAGCAUCGUUUUCAAAAUGGUCAUGUUUAUGGAUUGAACCAAAUUCACAAACUUGCA